GCCGAAGCCCCGACGUAUGUCACGUGUUCUUGCACACUCGCCGACGCCGUGGAAUGGAGAACGACGAGCCAAAGCCCAAGGCGCGGGGCCACUCGGGCCCGCGGAAGCGCCGGCCAAAGAACCGAAACAAGAAGAAGGACGACGAUGGCGAAGUCGCCAUCUCGAGCCCGGCGCCGGCGGUCGUCGUUCGCCCCGAGGAGGCCCCGGCGUCGCCGACGCGAUCCAAGCUCUGCGCCUCGGCCAAACCCUUUUCGCCGACCAUGUCGCCACCGCUACGCCCCGCGAACGGAUCACCACGGCGCCAGAGCGUAUCGCCACCGCCGAGUCUCGAGGUCGAAGCGGCGACCCGCGCGUACUGGGUCCAGUGGGCGAUUGAGGCCGCCGAGAACGAACGCGCGCGCCGCCUCGGGCUCCUCGCCGAGAUUCAGCUCGCCGAAGACGUCGAGCGGCUCCGGCGCCAGUCGUGGGCGAUGCAGGCCAUCGAGGCGGAGCAGCAGUCGCGCACGGCCAACAUGUUUCUCGAGGCCAUGCAAAACACCGCUUGGUUCCAAGCGACCAUCUCGCCUUCGUUCCUCGACUAUGAAGUGGUGUGUCCCCACAGCUGGUUUGGCUGCAGCUACAGCUGCAUGCUGCGCCACGUCGAGGAGCAUUUGCGCGAUUGCCCGUAUCGCCAAGUACCAGACACGACGGUCGCUGAGCCCAUGGACCUCGACUCGUACGACAUUGUGUGCCCGAACGCCAUCCUCGGAUGCAAGGCCGUGUGCUCUCGGGACGCGGUCGCCGAGCACCUCUUGGUCUGCAGCGUCGUGCGGUCGCCCGAGGCCGAGUACGAAGAACGCAUGAACAAACGCGAACACGUGAUCCAAGCCAGCGAGGACGAGCGGCUUCGCCGCAUGCACGAGACCAAGCCGUGGCCACUCUCGGAGCUUCAGCGACUCUACACGGAGCAAGCAGGCGCUUUGCAGAUGCGCCUGCACUCGGAGAUCGUCGCCUUCGCCGACUACACGGCGUCGCCCGUCGAUGCGACCGCGGUCGCGUGCGUGCUGACGCAUCUUGGUAGCAUUGCGCAGUUGGUGUGGCCCAAUGUUUGCGUCGAGCCGUACGGGUCGUUUGCCACGCAGCUCAACGGUCCGUCGAGUGACGUCGACGUCGUCAUUGGCUACUUUGGGGACGCCCCCGUGCCACCCGUGCCGCCGUUCGAUGUCCAAGUGCUCGCCGACGUCCUCAUCAACCAUGGCAGCGAGCGCAUUGUGUUUACGAGCAUCCAGGCGAUCCCGCACGCAGCGAUCCCGCUCGUCAAGGUGCUCGUCGAGCUCCAUUCGGAGGACGUCGAUCACGUCAUCCGCGUGCCGCUGGAUAUUACGUUUUGGAAAUUGCAUCACUAUGGCCUCGCGAGUGCCGCGCUGUCGCGUCAGCUGUGCGCCGAGUUGCCAGGAUUGCGCGAAGUGACGCUCGUGCUCAAGUACUUUUUGAGCAAGCGCGGCAUGAACGACGUGUACCGCGGCGGUCUCUCGUCGUACGGUUUGCUGCUCAUGGUGGUCCACGUGAUGCUCUUGAACGAGCCGAAAGCCGAGGCCGCGCCCGACGAGUCCGAUGCCGAGGUGCAACGCUCCAUCUUGCUGUGGCAAGAGGCGCGCGGCGUGCAAAUCGGUCGUGCGAUCACGUCACGUGUGCGCUGCGAAGCCGCGUCGCCCAACCUCGGAAAGCUCUUUAUGGACGUUUUGCAGUACUACGGCAACGACUUCCAGCCCGAGGUCGACGUCGUCACCGUCCUCUCGUGGAUUGAUCAAAGCGAGCCGUGGACGACGCUGUACAUUCAAGAUCCACUCCACGCGCCCAACAACGUAGGACGCAACUGCUAUCGUAUUUCGCAUAUCCUACGCGGUUUCAACGACGCCCUCAACUACCUCACGUCCCUCAUCGUGCGCGGGAACGACCACAAGUACGCCUCGAUUCUGGACCACAUCCUCAACGGACCGAUCGCGCCGCCGUAAACAUCGCCUUAAUUUAAUACUAUCUUGGUGCCAGUCUCAAAGCCGGCUCGAUCCUCCA